AUGGCAGACACACGAUACGACAGCGUGCAAAAAAUCUGGUUUGGACCCAAAGACAAGGAAUACUAUGGUCCCGAUAUGACACUAGGCGAGGUGGCCCUGCUCAUGUUUAAGCUGCAUGCGGACAAGGUGCUGCAGGUGGACGAUUCAACGGGGGAGACCCUGACAGGCGCCCAACUAUUUGAGCAAAGCCGGCGACUGGCGCAUGCCUUUGAGCGCCUAAAUUUGCAUCGUGGUGAUGUGGUUGGGAUUUCGGCGAAGAAUACAACCUAUCUGACCGAGGUGGUUGUGGCGGCCCUUCUAAGCGGAACUCCCAUCAAUCCACUACAUCCUGGCUUCGAUGAAGAAACCGUCACAUACAUGUAUGAGAUUACGAAGCCGAAAAUCAUAUUCUGCGAUGUGGAGAAUUAUGAGACCAUAAAGAAUGUUCGCAGCCAUUUGACAUUCGAGACGGAAAUCAUAUUGCUGAGCGGCAGUCUGUCGGGUGUCCGCAACAUUCAAGGGCUUCUACAGGAUGGUGGUAACGGCUACGAUCCUAAGACACUAUUCGCCUGCCCAUAUAUGAGCGGCGAUGAUACAGCUUUUAUUGUAAGUUCCUCCGGCGUUAAUGGACUGCCUAAGGGCGUGGCACGCUCUCACAGAAGCAUGCUGAACAAUACGAAGAUGCCGCAGCUGUUCACCGCAGACAUGGUGCUCUUCUGCUUCAGUCCACUAUACUGGAUCACCUGCAUUUUCACGCUGCUUGCCUCGGUGGUGAAUGGCUGUAAGCGCAUCAUCACCAAUCGCCCUAAUACUGUCGACAACUUACUCGAUAUCGUGUCACGUCAUAAGGUUACCUUUGCCUUCACAGUGCCGCACAGCAUGGGAGCGCUGGCGAAGUCGCAGCGCACUGACAUAACUGAGAAGCUCGCUUCCCUGCAGGCACUUGUCUGUUCCGGUUCUAAGGUGCCCAAAGCCAUUUGGAAGCGCUUGCACGAGCUGGUGGGCAAAAGAUUUGUGGUGCUGUACGGGCUAUCAGAAAUAGGGGGUGUGAGUAAAAAUUUGGAUGGAACUGUGGGUAAUGAGGGAAAGUUGCUGCGAAAUAUUCAGGUUCGUGUACUGGAUGAGGAGGGAAACCCUCUGGGUCCCAAUGAAACAGGACAUGUGCAUGUGCGCCUGACAUAUCGCUGGGGUGGCUACUACAGAAAUCCACAGGAUACGCAGGCUACUCUAACACCGGAUGGCCAGUGGCUCAAGACCGGCGAUCAUGGCUACUUUGAUAGCGAUGGCCGCUUGCAUUUCCAGACUCGCGAAACGGAGUCCUUCAAAUACAAUAACUUCUCUGUUUGUCCCAAGCAUGUUGAGGAUGUCAUUCUACAUCUGCCAGGCGUACAUCAGGUUGCUGUUUUUGGUGUGCCCGAUGAAAUAUCCACAAAUCUUGUGGCAUGCGCCGUUGUGCGCGCAAAAAACGCUGAAGGAGAGAAACUAACGGCCGAUGCUGUAAAGAAUAUAGUAGCGGAGCAUUUGAGUGACUCAAAGCAUAUACGUGGAGGAGUUUAUUUUGUAAAUGAAUUGCCCAAAACCAUCAACAGAAAAUUACAGCGAUGGAAAAUCUUGCCUGAGUUGAAGCGAAUGGAGAUCAAUGCGGCAUUGUGA